GACACAGAUCAAAUCAAGUAAGAGAAUGGGAAUAAUUUCGUUGAUAACAGGAUGGCCAGGCCCUAGUGGCUUUGGAUCAGCCACCACCGCCGAACAAGCGACCGCCGGAAUUGAUGCCGCCAAUCUAACUGUCAUCAUUACAGGAGGGGCAAGUGGGAUUGGAUUAGAGACAUCAAGAGUAUUGGCAUUGAGAGGAGCUCAUGUUAUAAUAGCUGCAAGAAACAUGGAGACUGCAAAUGAAGCAAAACAAACCAUCUGUAAAAGCUAUGAAAAUGCUAAGAUUGAUGUUCUUCAUCUCGAUCUCUCUUCUCUCAAGUCAGUCAAGACCUUUGCAGACAACUUCAUCGCUCUUAACCUUCCCCUCAACGUCUUGAUAAACAAUGCUGGUAUUAUGUUCUGCCCCUACCAACUCACACAAGAUGGGAUUGAGAUGCAAUUCGCCACAAAUCAUCUAGGUCACUUUUACUUGACAAACCUGCUCCUUGACAAGAUGAAGAACACUGCUUCAGCUACGGGUAUCGAGGGUAGAAUCAUAAACAUGUCAUCAGUAGCUCAUCUCCACACUUAUGAAGAAGGGAUCAGAUUUGAUGCAAUCAAUGAUAAAAACAGUUAUUCAGACAAAAAGGCAUAUGGGCAAUCAAAGUUAGCAAACAUAUUGCACGCAAAUAAACUCUCCCGACGCUUAAAGGAAGAAGGGGUAAAUAUUACAGUGAAUUCUGUACACCCAGGGAUCAUAAUGACAAAUCUCAUGAGACAUUCCUUAAACCUCAUGAGAAUUAUGAAGCUGCUCACUUAUGUUCUAUGGAAAAAUGUCCCACAGGGGGCAGCAACAACAUGUUAUGUAGCAUUGCACCCAAAUUUGAAAGGGAUCAGUGGCAAGUAUUUUCUGGAUUGCAAUGAAUGGCCUGCAAGUGAUUUUGCUAGAGAUCCUAAGUUGGCUAAGAAGCUUUGGGACUACAGCAACCAUCUACUCGAUUCUGCUCUUCAACGCUCCUAAUUUUCACGCCACAUUUAACGGGUUACAAGUCAUCAUGGCGUAAACGUUCUCAGACCCAAGUAUUAUAUCCCUUAUUUUCCUGCCUUAAAACGCGGUGCUAAUAGUCUAUAUGUGUAAUUCUUGAAUGUUAAAACGUUCGGUUUGUUUUGAAAUGCGUAUUUGGUUGGGUUUAGUC